AUGUUCGAAGACACUCCGCUUUGGGUUUUAAUUCUAGCUGGUGUUGGAAUUUUGUUAGUUCUUGUGCUAAUUAUACUAUUGAUUAUAUGGUGCUAUCGAAGAAAAAAGAGCCAGUCAUUAUCUUACGAAUUGAUACAUGGGCACGAAAAAGGACGGGUAGAAGAAAAAACUGUUCAAGUCUCGGCUUAUACCCCUCCUGAAUAUAAGCCAUACACUGGUGAUCUUUAUAAGAAAUAUUCUCCUACUUUAGGUCCUUAA